UGCUUGGACGUGGCAGCCAUGACGUGAUUUCUGAUUUCGACUUGGGGGAACUUGAUUGUGAAAAUAUCCAUAAAUUCCUUAAAAUUUGCGUUUUUAUUCGCGUAAAUAGCUAAUAAGGUGUGUAAUGAUAUUAAAACUUUGAUUACGAGUGAAAAUUUAGCGUUUAUAAAACAGUGUAGUGAUUAAUUCUAAAAUUGUGAUUAUUUAAGACAGCGAAAAAACGUAUAAGAGAAAAGCACUUUUAAACCGCAAAUCACACAUACUCUAACAAACCCAAGGAAUAAAAAAGAACAUCGGAAAAGAAUUCAAAAUUAGAACGUCAAUAGUCCAAAUUCAUCAUCAGCAACACCACGCCACCAAAGAGCCAAACAUCAACUCAAUCGCAACAACUGACAAACCAGUAAUAACAAAAACUGCAUUCACGAAAACCGGGCAAAGAAGAGAAGAGAAGAGAGAUAAGACGGCAUUGAGUUUGAAAGAGUGCUAUUUUGCAGUUCAUCAAACAUACAAAAUUUUCGUCAUCACAUCAAGAGUCAAUUUGUAUGUUAACAGCCAAGUUCUUACAUUUCCAUUAGAUUCCGUUCAUCCCGAAUUAUUCGUCAGUUGCAAUUGCACUUUAAACCACAAAGUAUCAGUGUGGACAUCACCGAAGAGUACAUAAAAACUCUUUCUCGUCGAGCAUACUACCUUCAAAGUUCAUUUACAAAAACAACAAGGCAACUCAGCGACUAGUGGAGAUUGGAAGCAUUUUUGGCGAUCGUAAAAGAAAAAUAUAAAUUAAAAUAUACGUAAACAAUACCGUAAAAUUAGUAUAAGUAACAACAACAAACCAGUAGUGAUCGACAAGUUCUCGCCAGUGAGAAGUUGAGAAUAAGUUCCAGCGAGUGUUGGCAAACGUAACUACAACAACAAAAAAGCGGGCGGUCGAGUCAAUUCGAAAAUAGUCAUAUUUGUACAAAAAGCAAAAGAUACUUCAGCGUUUUUGUAUGUGUUUACGUUUAUAUACAACACACCCAACAUCGCCCCGCUACACCAUAUUCAUUUUGUUUUGUCAUUCGCUCGUUAAUGCAUAAUUCACUCGUCGUUUUUCAACGAACGUGUUUAUUAGCACAGCUGGUAAAGUUACAGGUAACCAGCGAUUUUUGAGAGAAAUAUUGUCAAGAAUGAGAGAGUGGUGGGACCAAGACUAUGAAAUUUAGUAAAUGUUCGAUUUUAUGAGAGGGUGAAUAUACACAUUCGUGUGUUAAAUAAUACUUAUAAGAAGAAACUGGUUUGUGUUACAAGAAAAAGGAAAGCAAAAAAUUAGCUUAACAUCGAACAUCACAAUAUCUGUUGGCCUGGAAAAAGGAAAUUAUCUCCAAAGAAAAACCACAGAGUUGAUUUAAAUUUUUUGUUUUUUGUUUAAAAGUUGCUUGAUUAGGGUGUAUUUAAAAAAAAGUAUAAUUUUAAGUGCCUGUCGAAAAGGGAGAGAGAGCAGAUUGAAAGAGUAUAAGAGGUCGGAGAAUGAUCGCGCAGUGAAUUGGAGAAAAAGAGUGCAUGAAAUAGAGAGAGCGAGGUUAGAGACUACAAAUUGCAAACUUGUUUCAUUCGACUUUGUGCUGAUAUGUCAAUAUAAAAGUAACAACAACAAAUAGUGACAGCAACGUACAAGCAAGCAGUCGGGAAGCAACAACAAGUGAUACAAAGCACGUACUAAACUGAAAUUAAAGUAGCAGUAACAGCAGUACGAGCCCAACAACAACGCUAAAAGCAAGGCAAGCACUACCUAACCAAACAACCAACCAGCCAGUCAAGCAAGCAACCGCUUGGAAAACAACUCGUUUCGAUUUCGUUUCACAGAUACCUUUCGGACGUCGAUAAAGAUACCUUAAUUUAAAAUGAACUUAAAUUAACAUAUACUAUAUAUGAUUGCGUCGUGCACACCAUAUAAUUGAGCGGAGAGAGUGAUUGAAGUGUUAUUCAAAAAGUUAUUUAGUUUUUUAGAAGCCGAAAAUUCACGUAAUUGAAAAUUGUACAAAAAUAAUCGUAAUAAGUGCUCCAUAAAAUUUGUGACUUCGAAACGUAAAUUGUGUGCUGAAACUGAUCAAAAUUUUGCAAGAAUAAUAUUAAUCAUAAGUUUUUUUAACAAAAAAGUUAAAGCAGAAAAUACAGUAUAUGCAUGAAAAAAAUAAUUGAAAAGAGCAAAAGAAGCAAAAAAUCAUAAAAAACCUAAAAUCCCCAGAGCACCAAGAGCAAAUCCAACAAUAACUAAUUGAAGAAACGAGCAAAAAUUUCGCAUAUAUUAAAAUGAAACGUUGACAAAAAAACAGGAGAUAUAGAAGAAAUAAACGCAACGCUUUUGCUUUUGUUGUAUUUUUUCUUUCAUUUUGACAUUCUACAAGUGUGUGCAUAUUGAAUUAAAUAUAUAUUGUAAAAAUCAUACACAAAUGACUUUUAGCAAUAACAACAAUAGCAGCUGAAAUUCAAAGACAACGUCGCCACAUAUCUAUAUACUACUUAGAAACAAAGCGAAAAUCUACCAGAGCUAAGUACAUAUUGUUGUCUUGCUUUAACACACCAAAUGUAGGCAGUGACAGAUGGAGAUACGUACAACGUAUCUUGCAGAUACCACAACUGUUUGUACUUUCAUCAACAGUAGUUGUAGUAGCAGCAGCAACAGUAGCAAUCACAGCCACAACUAUAACUACAUCUAUAGCUAUAAUAGUAGUGGCCGUAAAUAACAACAAAAACAACGACAAAAUCUACAAUUAAUAAAAACAGUAAUAACCAAUACAAUUACACAAAUAUAAAACCAAAAAAAAAAAACAGUAACAAUCGCUGUGGCAGAAGCAAGUGCACCAGCAGCAGCAAAAUCAAUGCCUACCUUAACCCAAUUAAAUAAAUUCAUUAUUAUUUAACAAGAAUUAUUACUUUGUGUACCAACCAUACCAAAAUUUAAAUGUCUCGAGUGUAAUUGCAUAUAAAAUAGUUUUUACCCGUGAAAAAUAAAAGAGAACAUUAAAAAAUUAUCACGUCGAACGACGGUGAGCGACGACCAACAGAGCUAACAAGGGCAUAACCAAUACACAAAUAGGCCACACGUAAGACGGUGUACAGCGGCUGCGAAAAAGCCCCCUAAUACAGACAGUAAACAGAUCAGCAAGCGUGCCUGUGUCUGUGACUAUUUUUUAUUGCACACCCCGUACGCACACAUUAACAAAGCGCGAUCCACAGUCGAAUUAAUUAGAAAAAGAAAGAAGGCAAUUUUUUUCGUCGCAGUAUUGCUUAAAGAAUCUAGAAUACUAUACAUAUAUGAAAAAAAAGAACAUUUUAAAGGUUUAAUCAAAAACAUAAAAUUGCAUACGAUCAAGACGCGUCAAAAAUUUCCGCCGCAGUUCCUUCAUUCGAUCCUAACCAAUGAAAAUCACGCGUAAUCAUUAUUCACAGUGGAUACGGAAGUGAAUAAAAACAGUGUCUAAGAAAAGUCGUGAAAUCAAAAAAUUACAACAACAAAGCCAAAUAUAAUAACGCACCAACAAAGACAAAAAAUUAGUGGUGCAACUACGACUAAAAAACUUUUCGUUAGACAAAUUAUAAAAUAAAUAAAAAGUAAAUAAUUGUUCGAAACGAUUUGUCCUCCAAACAAUACUAGAGUAGACGUUAACAAAAUACACGUGGAAUCAUUGAUUCUUCAACAGUUAACAACCUUAUUGCAGUACGCAAUUUAUAUCUUGGCACUUUAAAAAGUUCCACAAAAAGCUAUUCAAAUGAAAUCGAGUAAAACUCUAAAAACAAAUAAUCAAAAUAAAUACAACUGAAGAGGUUAAAAUAGAAGCACUGCAAUACUACAAAGUCCUAAGAGUUUGUAUUGUUAAAAUUCUACUAUAGCGGCCAACGACAACUCUUCCACGGUUGAUGCUUCCUACAGUAAAAAAUAACAAUUAAUACAUAACGCGAACAAACGUUAUACUUCCACAGUCGCAAAUCAAACUCCAAGCACUAUUUAGAAGCAGUCAUACAAGUAUCGAAGAAAAAAGUAACUCACUUGCGCAAAAAUUUUAUAUAUAUCAAGGUAAAUUUGUCCUAACUCUACCGGUAACUGAAGUAGAUAAUAAAUUUGAAAUACUAAAUAUUGUACUUCAUUGUCAGAAAAGGAUAACAUAAACAACUUAAGGCUUAUAAGUGUUGAAGAGUGUGAAUUAUCAAUUGAAUUAAACACAACCAAUAAUCAAUCCCCACGCAGUUUGAUUGUAUUGCGUUAUGACAAAUUCGAUCGCUACUGCAAAAUGCCCUUCAGCACUCUCGUCCGGCAACUAUGGCAUGUCACAAAAUCGUUACUCCGAUGAAUCCAAGGACUAUUUUUUUGUUAAACUCACAGAUUCUGCAUAUCGCGCUAUCGAAGAAUAUCAACAUAAUGAGAAUACCAAACGCUUCACAAAUGGUCAACGUCCCAAAAUUCAAGUCAAUGGCAAUUCUGGUGUCAUCUAUUUUCCCACAUUGGACAGCAAUGAAGGUCGUAAAUUUGGUUUUACUAUCGAUGAUAUUGAGGGAUCCCUUGAGUGUAUUCAACAGACUUCCGAAGGUCUCGAUGUGCUCGGUUCAAUACCCUAUCGCAUGCGUAUCCAUGCAAACGAUGAUAUCUAUGACACGACCCGUACAAAAAUGGCAAUUGCCGAAGAGACGGAGAAGAGCAAAUGUAUACGCGAAAUUAAACCAAAUCAAACUGAUAUUGGACGUAAGGUAAAAAAAUCUGUUCCGUCAUCAACAGUCUAUCCGCAUUUGAGCCACAGUGGAAAUAACAAUGGCAACAACAACAAUAGCAGUAGUAAUUAUUUAAGUAGCCUUAGUCGUAGUAAAUUAACAACGUCGCUGAAUAACAAUUCGCCUCCAACCACGCAACAUACGUUAAACAGUGGUAGUGGGGCAAAUGAACGUAUGAACAAUAAACUUGGUGGCACUAAUUUGUCCACAUCAUCCUCAUCUUCACGUUCACCAAAUCCCACGCUUCUAGGAGGAUUGGGUACAAUUGCCAGUGGUACUAAUAGCACCAAUAAUCGUUAUGGUAACGGUAGUGCGAGCAAUGUAUAUUCUCAGAACAACUUAUCACCGUCACUAACGUCCGCCUCAUCGCUCUCUUCCACUCUGGCGGGUGGCAUCGCCAACGGGUAUGCGUCAGCUACUCAACAUAAUUCGCCGAACGAAUCUACCGCAUCUACGUUAGUUAAUAGCGGUGUUAACAGCAAACAGUCACGGCUAAACAGUAAUGUAAGUGUCGGUAAUGGCAAUUUCUCACGUGGAGGAGGCGGAGGAUCGUUUUCUAGUAACGGUUCGAAGGCUGGUAGUGGCACUAAAGGUGGCGCAGCAUCAAAUGCUAAUGGUGGAGGCAGCAAGUUACCUGACAUAUCGCGUCGUAAAAUACGCGAACGCCUGAUCCAUUUACUUGCCUUACGGCCUUUCAAGAAGCCCGAACUAUAUGCCCGUUUACAAAAUGAAGGUUUACGUGAUCGUGAACGCUCACUUAUAAGUAAUAUACUCAAGGAUAUUGCACUUUCACGCGACAAUACGUACAAUUUACGGCGCCAAAUGUGGAAUGACGUAAACGAAAAUUGGCCAUAUUAUACUGAGCAGGAGCUGCAGCAGCUGAAACGGCGCAAGCCUCAGAAUCUAACUCCACCACUUAGCUCAGACGCGGGCAGUUCUACGUCGGGACAGAGUCCAACUUCAACUCAUACGGGCAGUCCUCCGCCACUGGCUGGUGGUAUGAACGGCGGCAAUAGUUUGAAACGCACUAGUCUAGAGUACGAUGAGCCAUUUCCGCCGAAGAAGCAACGUAUUAGUCAUAUGGCGGCCACAGGAGCUGGUGUUAAUCGCAUGACUGCGACAAGCAAUAAUAGCGCUGGAGGUAGCGGUGUACGUGCAGGCGCCAGUUUUAGUACCAUUAGCAACAGUAAGAAUAGUGGUAACACUAGCUUCUCAAUGCAGCGCAAUAAACAUGCGACGGCUAAAGCGUCUACCUAUUCUCCACAAGGUCCCAGAAACACCACGCAAAGCAGUGAGAAUUCUGUCAAUAGCGAUCUAAGCUAUAAUGUGCUCAAUAAUAUGGACGAUUUCAUGCUGAAUAUAGAAAAUCCUCAAGGAAAUGGUUAUACAGCUCAUUGCUGCGGGAGUAGCAGCAACGGGAGCAAUAACAAUGCGCGCAAGUCCAACGGUAGCGGCAAUAGUAAAUCAUCUAACAGUAAUCCGAAAGAAAAUCGUCACUCUGGAAGCAGCAGUGGUACAUUCAGCGCAACGACAAAUAUUUCGCCGAAAAAUAAUACCAACAGUGGAAACGGGAACAACAGCAAUUAUAAUGUACAAGAGAACGAAGGCAGCAGUAAUAAUUUGAGGCAUACCUUAAAACGUAGUUCAUUAGCAAGCUCGCCUAAGAGUUCCUUGCCAUACGGUGUUAAUUUUGUUCCAGAGUCCAGUAGUGGUAAUAGUAGAUCAGCGGGACGCGAUAAUAGCAAUCGUAGUGGCAGUGUGAACUACCGCCACCAGUCGCCCAACAAUACGCAGCAGCAGCAGCAAAAACAACAAAAGUCAAGUAAUAGUGUCAUAUACUCGCCAAAAAUACAAGCCGCUACGAACAUCGGUAAAAAUGAACGAGAAGAUCAUGUGCCGGCGGGGAGAAGUAAUAGCGGCAGUAAAAGUCAGACAACGUCACAUUCAAUGGGCUCAUCAACGGCGACAGCAUCAGGAAGUAACAAACAGCAAAUGCGUGGAGUUGGUGUACGCACACCUACGCCACCUGUACAAGAACAACAAAGGUACUUGCAGCAGGGUACACAUUACCAAUCGCAACAAACGCAUUCCGCCAGCACAAACUCUCCAGUGCAACGGCAUAACAACCAACCCCAACAUCUUCAUCAACAGGAGCAGCAGCAGCAGCAGCACCAGCAGCUACAGUUCGAAAGCAAUUCUCAACUGCCGGUAACGCAGCAUUCCGUCAUCACUGACGCAGUUGACGUAGACGCCGCAGAAACGCCCAAUUAUGAUUUUAGCAGCUACACAGCUAUCACAAGCAUUGAACAGCGACGCCAAUACAAGACUGAAUUUGAACGGGACUAUGAUGAGUAUCGCCAGCUGUUGGAACGCAUCGAAGAUGUACGCCGCAACUUCCAGGUUCUUGCUGAUCAACUGCAACGUGCGCCACAAGGUUGUUCUGAUUAUGAGCAUAUUAAGGAGCAAAUUGUGGCCGAAUAUGAGCGUAUAAAUAAUGAGGAAGAAUUGAAGCGCGACAAACAACGUUUUGAUUACUUGCAUGCUAAGUUGGCGCACAUAAAGCAGCUUGUGACCGAUUAUGAUAAAACAUUAACAUCAAUGGCGGCGGCUGCUGCUGCGGUGGCGGCAGCACAACACCAUCAGCAGCAACAACAAGAGCAACAACUAUUACAGCAUGCCUCCACAACAGCGGCAAUGCAUAUGGCAGCAGGUGCAACAUCGCAUUUUGUGGAUGGUAGUACCAAUGUGUUGACCGCUGCGACUGCGCAUAAUGCGCGUGUCUCACCAAUGGUGAGUGGGAGCGAAAGCAAUCAUUCACCACCAAGUGGCUAUCAAAAUCAAGCACAAUACUAUAUCCAACAACAACUGCAACAACAACCAAAUCAAAUAAUACAACAUGAACAAGAACAACAUAAACAUCAAAACAAUGAUGAAACAUUACAUAGAAAGAAAAAGCAUACACACAACAUCUUACAACGACACCAUAACCAACAACAACAGCAACAGCAGCAUCAACAGUACUAUUUGUCGCCGGAAAAUCAAACACACGCGUCAUCUUUUGAUGAGCAACAUAGCGCACAGCAUCACCAGCAACGGGAACCGGAACAAUUCAAUGGACACCAUCAUUAUCAGGGCAAUAAUAAUAAUGAUGAUUCCGAUUCAGAUGAUUCUUCCGACUCAAAUGAUGAAGACUCGAACGAUGAUGAUUCAAAUGAUGACGACGACGAUAAUGGUUCGAAUCAUGAUUCGAACAAUGAUGAUGACGUUAAUGAACACUUUUGAUUUUGUGCUUUUUGGAGUGAGACUUUUUUAAUAUAAUACCUAUAUAAAAAUAAAAAAAGGCAUAAGUAACUGAAAAGAAGACGGAAGAUUGAAUGGGUUUGCAAACGAGGCGUAUUUAUACUAACAGUGAUUGUCCCUAGUUUUAUAUUUGAAACGUAACUCGCUAACGGUUUGCAUUUGUUGGUAUUUCUUGCUAUCAUUGUAUUUUUAAUGAGGGAUCGCCGACACACCUAAAGCAAAAACACACAAGUGCAUAUACAUAAAUACUUACUAUAAGUAAAUAUAUUGCUUUUGUAAAUAUGAUUUUUUUACUAUAAAAAGGAUUAAUUAUUGAUCGUUUUAAAUACGCCCUGAUUGCAAAAUUUCCGCAAAGUUGGAAUUUUGUAUUAAAAAAAAAAAACAGGAAAUGAAUGCGAAAGUGAAUUAGAAAGUGUAAAGAGAAUGAAAUAUCCUAAUAACAAAAACGAAAAAAAAAAAAUAUUUUAUAAAAGAAGAAACGCAUAUGUAUAUCGUAAAAAUUUACUUACAUUUAAAAAUAGUACACACAUACAUAAUUAAAUAUAUUUUUAAAUCAAUAGCAAAACAAAAAAGCAAAAUUAUAGCAAGCAGAAAUUUUAAGGAAAGAAGUAAUUGUGUAAUAAUUAGUUUUAAGAGGGAAAUGCCCAUAUUUGUUUUAGUUUUAUACAUUUUUUUUGCCGUUUUACUACCAGUACAAUAUAUAAUUUGGAAGUGUUUAUUGCAACCGUUUAUGUGGGCGGGCACAGCUGUAAUAAUUAAAUAAUUUACAAGUAAUUGUUGAAUUUGAAGUUAAAAAACAAAUAAAAACAAAAGUUUAAAAAAUUA